AUAUAGAAAAUGAGGAAUUGGAUGAUUAUGAAUUGAAAGAAAAUGAAUUAGAAAGGAAUGAAUCAGAGGAGGAUGAAUCAGAAGAGAAUGAAUCAGAGAAGAAUGAAUUAGAAGAGGAUAAAUCAGAAAAGGAUGAAUCAGAGAAGGAUGAAUUAGAGCAGGAUGAAUCAGAGAAGGAUGGAUUGGAGGAUGAAUUAGAGGAGGAUGAAUUAGAGGAGAAUGAAUUAGAGGAUGAAUUAGAGAAGACUGAAAUGAAGGAGGAGAAUGAUGAAUUAGAGAAGGAUGAAUUGGAGAAGGAUAAAUUAGAGGAAGAUGAAAUAGAGGAGAAUAAAUUAGAAA